UGGCUGUUGAUUAUUCGUCCAUGUGUACAAAUGAUUGGCUAGGAAUGGUGGUAUGGUGUUAUUUUAAGAGGUGUUGUCAUUUUAACGCACCCCUAUAGAAAACUCACAGAAUAUAGAAAAGAUUAAAGAAUAUGGAGUAGUAGUAUAAGUUUGUGUGAGUAGCUCUCUUCUCUCUAUCUUCUAAUUAAACCGAAACCACCUGAACUCCCCGGCGAUUCACGGAGCCAGAUCAACCCGAAUUGGAAAAUAGUUGAAUUAGAGGUAGGUGAUCAUGGGCUUCAUGCUUCCAGAUUUCAUCGCCAUUAAAACAAUUAGUUAUCCUAGUAGAGGUCAUUUACACUACAACGAAAAAGAAAGGUCAGUAACUCUUGGGGAGCAGAGUGUGUUCAGCACGCUUGUGAAGAUUGAUGUCGAAAGAGCAACAAGUAACGCCAACUACGUUCACCUCCGAUUCAGUAAUUCCAACAAGUAUUGGUCGAAGCGGGCAAACAACAACGUCGUUGUUGCUGAGUUGAAGCAACCCGUGGAAGACACAAAGGAUCCCUCAUGCACGUUGUUUCAGCCGUUUCAGGCGCCUGGUCUGGCGGCAAGUGUGUUUUACUUGAAUCAUGUUCCGACCGGUGGGCGUGUAAUGGUAGAUGUGGCGAACUGGGGCCUUUCCGUGCAGGUUGGAGCCUCGGUUACGCAAGGUCACCUAACUUAUGUGGAUUGGAGUACAUUGGUGAAGCUGCCUGCCCACGUGGCUUUUAAAGGGAACAACGGCAGGUACCUUAGAGGAAUAUCCAAGGACGGGAACAACUACAUGCAGUUCUCAUCAAAUGAUCCUAAUGAGUGGUCAUCUGGCCACAAGGUUUAUCUCAUGCCCGACGGAUAUGUCCGGAUAACGUCCGAUCACUGGAGGGGGCAGUUUUGGAGGCGCAGUCCUAGCUGGAUAUGGGCCGAUUCCAAUCAGUCUUCCUCUAACAACCGCGACACUCUCUUCUGGCCAGUCAAAGUUCAAAACAACAACACCAUUGCACUCUGCAAUGCGGGCAACAACCAAUACUGCUCACGUCUCUCAACUAUAGGGAAGCGCGACAUGUUAACUGCGGCCGUCCAGAACAUCACCAAGGAAGCAAGACUGGUGGUGCAAGAGCUCGUGUUACAUAGAAACGUCUACAACGUCAGAUAUCGGAUGCAGGACGCCAGGAUAUACAACGAAGUGCCUUAUGUUGCAUGCGCAUCCUCUGUUACUAACACGGGCAACCAGGAGGCUACUAUAACUACUCAGGUUACGUAUAAAGACCAGAAAUCUUAUAGUUUUAGUCGUAGCUCUUCUUUGACAGCAGGGGUGGAAACCACCAUCAAAGCGGGCGUCCCAUUUAUUGUGGAUGGAGCGAUCAAAGUCUGUUUUAAUAUAAACUCCACUCUCCAGUGGGCGGACACCACCACUACCGCCACAUCAGUUAUGGCUUCGGGUUCGGUUUCUCUACCUGCAAGGAGUACGGCUACGAUCGAGUAUGCGGGGACAAGGGGCACUAUCGAUAUUCCUUAUUCUUACACACAGCAAGACAGUAGCUCCACUGAUGGCACUGUUUCUUACACUCACCAGGAUGAUGGUAUUUACAAAGCCAUCAAUUCUUACAACUUCCAUUUUGUUAUCAAAUCCACUAAGGCCCUCGUCUAAACGUCCCAUGCCGUUUUAUUCCAGUCAUCAAUAACCGUGAUGAAGUUGAUUUCUAUAUAUUAUACAAGCUAGCUUCAUAGCUAAACUUCUGUCAUGUAACGGAAAGUAUGAAUAUCAAAUGUAGUUCAUUAAUAAGAUUAAUAUUGUUUUUGUAUUAUCAA